AUGGAUUCCAUUUACAUCUGGACCGCCCAAGAGAUCAUGACAAGGGCAAAGUCGUGGGUUAUUGAAAAUAUUCUGACUCCCCUCGCGCCCUACUGCACACAGCGACUCUUUAACGUCAAACCUGUUCAUGGACGCCUGAUCGUCACGGCAAACGCCUGCGGCCCUGAUGUGGUGAUUCCACCGGCGCAACUUACCACUGGAGUGACAGAUGCCGAUAUGAUGCUUUGCGUCCAUGCUGGUGGGACGGGUACAUCGUCCACGCCCGGUAUUCUUGGAAUCAUUACGUGGGCGGGAGUUUGCAGUACGAAUCAAUUUAGCCGGCCUGUGGUGGGACACAUCAUUUUUUUCCCCUUCUUCAUUCAAGGCUCUGACUCGGGGCGCAAGUAUGAAUAUUAUCUGCGGGUUGUGAUGCGCGAAACCUUUUAUGUACUGAGGUAUGGUCCAGCGUUUUUAAACAACAUGAUCAAUAUUAGCGAGCGACGGGGUAAGCCUGUACUCCUCGUUACAGCUCCUGCCGUUGUUACCACGGCUAGGGCGCAUCUGAAUUGCCCCACACCAGAUGGUGUGGAGUUGGAGGGCGAAGGGGGAGCUGAUACCGCGCAUGGACGCACUCGGGGAGGAGACAAUGGAUGGAUGAACUCAUGGCAGAAGUACCAAACCCGUUCCUCCAUCUAUUAG